ACACGUGGUGAACUUCAUGUUGAUCUCCCCACAUACGUGGUCGAUGCCGGCAAACCGAAAUAGGAGCAUUCCUUUCCCUUUCGGCCUCCGUGAGCGCUUUUGCGUUCCCGAUCGAUCAAUAUCACCGCCAAGGGUUUUGGUUGAUGAGUUCGGGGUUCCGGACCGGCGGGUGGUGACCGAGGAAGGGGGGCAUUGAUCUGAGAGUUGAGAAGGGGAGAGAGAUCAUGGCGUGCCGGGGACUCUGGGAGUGCUUGCUGAAGCUUCUCAACUUCCUGUUGACGCUCACCGGAUUGGCUAUGGUGGGAUACGGAGCCUACUUGCUGGUGGAGUGGAAUAGAGUUUCUUCUAGUGAUGAUGACGAUGAACCGAUAUCGCCCACGGGCGAUAACCCCGAGUUCUUGACGUUUGGUCGGCCCAUGCUUGUGGCAGUUUCUCUGUCGUCAAGUUUUCUUGAUAAGCUACCGAAGGCUUGGUUCAUUUAUUUGAUUAUCGGUAUUGGAGUUGUUCUCUUCAUCAUAUCAUGCUUUGGCUUUAUUGGAGCAGUUUCGAGGAACGGGUGCUGCUUAUCUUGUUAUUCUUUCUUGGUGAUCUUGUUGAUUCUCGUUGAGUUGGGAGCUGCAGCUUUUAUAUUCUUUGAUCAUAGCUGGAAACAUAUUAUUCCUGUUGAUAAAACUGGUAAUUUUGACGUGAUAUAUGAUUUCUUGGAGGAGAAUUGGAAGAUAGCAAAGUGGGUUGCCCUUGGAGCUGUUAUUUUGGAGGCUUUGGUGUUCCUAUUGGCUCUUAUAGUGAGAGCAGCAAAUAGACCCGUCGAGUAUGACAGCGAUGAUGAAUAUAUUGCGCAGAGUUCUGGCAUCCGGCAACCAUUGAUCAACCAGCAAGGAGCUCCAGCAACUGGCAUGCCUGUAUCUGGCACUCUUGAUCAGCGUCCAAGCAGACAUGAUGCUUGGAGUCAACGAAUGAGAGAAAAGUAUGGUCUUGAUACCUCUAAGUUCACCUACAAUUCAUCAGAUCCAAACAGAAGCCAACAAUCUGCAACACCAUCAUCUGAAGAAAGGGGUGGUUGUAAUAUACUGUGAGGAUGACUACCUCAUGCAUCUGCCAACAACUUUGUGAGUAAUUUCAUCUUGGGUUUGUGUAGAGUGCCUGUUGUUCUUAAUCUUAAAUAAUUCCACGGGAAGUCAUAUGGAAACUUGAUUAGAAUGGCUCCAUAGUUUUUGUGAGUUUGUGAAUGAUCUUUAAAGACCUAUCUAGAUGUAAUGAAUCGAUAUAUGUCAUCUGGAAAUUGGUGCUAUUGAUGCUUC